GUAGAGGAGACCCGGGGAUGCUAAUGGAGCCCGCAAGCAAGGGCGCAACCAGACAUCCACCACUCAACUUAGGUUGGCUGCGUUGAAUCUACGCACCGCCCCCAUUUUCCCAUUCAUCAAUCUCAAUAUUGGAAAUCAAUUUCACUUCUAAUUUCAUCAUCCCCUCAUCUUUUAUUCAUAUACCCACUUCAUUUCUUGAUUUUGGUUCUUAUCAAACAUCAUGUCGUUCAGAUUCCGAGGAGGGAAGAAUGCUUCUUCGGGAAUGGGUGUUGCUGAUCACUGUAAAGGCACCUUCUUGGAGCUACAAAGAAAAAAGGCGCACCGUUAUGUGAUUUUUAAAAUCGAUGAGAAGAAAAACGAAGUUGUUGUAGAGAAGACCGGCAAGCCUGCUGAAAGUUACGAAGAUUUCACAUUGGCAUUGCCUGAAAACGAUUGCAGAUACGCGAUCUUUGACUUUGACUUUGUCACCUCGGAGAACUGUCAAAAGAGCAAGAUUUUCUUUAUCGCGUGGUCUCCUGCAACGUCAAGGAUUCGAGCCAAGAUGUUGUACGCAACAUCAAAAGAUAGGCUCAGACACGAGCUCGAUGGGGUCCACUACGAGAUUCAAGCUACUGAUCCUACCGAAAUGGAGCUUGAUGUGCUCAAGGAACGCGUAUACUAAUCGGUUAACAUUUUUGACCCAUUGUUCCCAGCUUCCUAAAGUCGCAAACCAGUUAUCCGCUUCUAGCAGAAGUUAUGUUUCGAAUAAAUGGCAGCCACGCUACAAUAAGACCAUGCGUCACCUGAAUAUUAUUACCAGCCGCCCGUUAUUACAGCUAACAAGAUACGUAUUUAGUGACCGGUCAAUAUAUCAUAGUUGGCUUCGGAUUCUGUUGUUUUCUGUAUGUUAUUACUUUGACCCUAACCGAUUUACUUAUAAUUGCUCGAUUCGGGAUUAUGUUAUGUUUUA